AUGAUGCAGGGUCAAUUAUCAGAUGGUACUGUAAUUGCUGUAAAGCAACUUUCUUCCAAGUCUAAACAAGGGAACCUCGAAUUUGUGACUGAAAUAGGAAUGAUAUCUGCUUUGCAACAUCCUAAUCUUAUGAAGCUGUAUGGGUUCUGUGUUGAAGGAAAUCAUUUAAUGCUUAUCUACGAAUUCAUGGCAAACAACUGUGUAUCACGAGCUCUUUUCAAUAAGCUCAGCUCUAUUCAACGAACAAGUGCAAGAAAAGAUUCAGCAAGCAAGAUAAAGUUAGACUGGCCAACAAGAAGGAAAAUUUGCCUAGACGUAGCCCGAGGUCUGGCCUACCUCCAUGAAGAGUCAAGACUGAAAAUUGUCCACAGAGACAUCAAGACUAGCAAUAUUUUGCUUGACAAGGACCUCAAUGCUAAAAUCUCUGAUUUUGGCCUGGCGAAGCUAAAUGAGGACGAUUGUAGUCACAUUGGCACCCGGAUUGCCUGA